UCCCAUUCCUGACUGCCUUCGCAUCCAUCAGCCUCCCUUCCCUCUCUUUUUCAGAAAUUCUCGGGAUCUAACUUCUCGCCCACCCUCCUUCUCCGAGUGUGCUAUUGAAUACUAGACACUCUUCCUGAUCAGAGCAGAUUGGUUAAAAUAGUUUGGGCGAGGGGGGAUUCAUCGGUUCAAUUCCCGAGGACCACUUUUAAUAUUGCUACUUUGGCUUUCUUCUUUGCUCUGUCCGUUUGUCUUUCCCUGCCUUUCUUUCCUCGGUCUUCUCUUUUCUCUGUCUGGUUCUUGAAUUGGAUCGAUGACGUUGUAAAGGUCCAUGAAGGCAGCUUCAAAAAGUUCCCUGCAAACGAGGCUGGUUUGAUCAGAUCUGCAAGUAAAUUCUACUUGCAGUUCUCACCCUUUUGGGACGGAAGAGUCAUCCAUAAUUAUAUAUCAAGUAAAUGCAGGUUCAAAUAUCUCUGCGAGUAUGAAUACGUUUUCACAUGUUCCUCCAGGCUUUCGGUUCCACCCAACAGAUGAAGAACUGGUUGAUUAUUACCUAAGAAAAAAGGUAGCCUCCAAAAGGAUUGACCUAGAUGUCAUUAAAGAUGUCGAUCUCUAUAAAAUUGAGCCAUGGGAUCUUCAAGAGCUAUGCAAAAUAGGAGUGGAAGAACAAAAUGAGUGGUAUUUCUUUAGCCACAAAGAUAAGAAGUACCCAACUGGAACUCGCACGAAUAGAGCCACAAAAGCAGGAUUCUGGAAAGCCACGGGAAGAGACAAGGCUAUCUACCGUAGGCAUUGCCUCAUUGGGAUGAGAAAGACCCUUGUUUAUUACAAGGGACGAGCCCCAAACGGGCAGAAGUCUGACUGGAUCAUGCAUGAGUACCGACUUGAAACUAAUGAAAAUGGAACUCCUCAGGAAGAAGGGUGGGUUGUAUGUCGAGUGUUCAAGAAGAAAAUGACGAGCAUCCGGAGAGUGGGGGAGUACGAGUCACCAUGCUGGUUUGAGGACCAAGUCUCCGUGAUGCAAGAGCUUGAAUCUGCAAGACCAAUUUCUCAACCUUAUGCAUCUAAUUACAACCACCAUCACUACUAUGUACCUUGCAAGCAGGAACUUCAGUUGCAGUACAACAUAACCCAUCCCCAUGAAGUUUUCCUUCAGCUUCCCCAACUUGAAAGCCCCAAAGUUCCUUACUCAGUGUCCAGUGUUAGCUGCAAUUCAACGGUGCCUUAUGCUUAUGACAGCAACAAUAAUGGAAGUAGUUUGCAGUCACCUAAUUCACUCACUCAGGAAGAGAACAUACCUUGUGGAAACAAUGAUCAAGUGACUGAUUGGCGACUUCUUGAUAAAUUUGUGGCUUCUCAGCUCAGCAGUCACCAGCAAGAUGCUUCCAAGGAAGCCACCUGUCCUAAUGCAGCACUGCUCCAUGUGGAUGGUCCUGUCACUAUCCAGGCAAACGAUCAUCAAGCCAAAAGGCCAGAAAUUGCGCAGCAGGAAUAUGCCUCCACGUCCACCUCCAGUUGCCAGAUUGACCUGUGGAACUGAAAAUUUAGAUAUUUUUAGAUGAUGCAUACUAAUUAUAGAAAUUAAAGUAUUGCAGUUUAACGUUGUAUAAGAAAAGCAAACUAAAGUAAUGCUCCAAGUUGGUGUACAUAAUAAUGCUUCAUAUUUCUCGUGCACUCGAAGUUUUUGGACGUCUGGUGCCCCAUGUAUGCAUUAAUACGAGGCAACUGGAUAACACCAAAUACGCCAAUAUAUUGUAUGGCCAAGGGCAUGGUGGAACUGGUGUCUCUGAAUGUUAAAAGUGAUUU